AUGUCUCACUUCUUAGAUAGCAUUUCCACCAUCAUUAGCAUCUUUUACCAACAUGCAAAGGAAGAUGGAGAUGGCUCCAUCCUCAGCAGAAGGGAGAUGAAAGACUUUAUCCUGAAGCAGUUUGCAGAUGUCAUAGCGAACGCACGUGAUCCUCAAACAAUUGACAAGGUUCUGCAGUUUCUUGAAUGGGAUGGUGAUGGGAAAAUAGAUUUUAAUGAGUUCCUACUUUUGGUAUUCAGAGUGGCUAAGGCCUGCUACUGGUAUGUGCAGAAGGGACAAUGUCUUCUGCAAAAAACAAAGCUAAUAACCAGUGGGAAGUCACUCCGAGAGCCUGAAAUUAGUAACAGAGGGAGCCAACGUCAGCUCCAGGAAGAGGAACCACAAAUCUGUGAGCGUAAUCGCCAUCCACCCUAUGAACCUGAACCACAACGAGACACCAGGGUUCACAAGCUUGACAUCGUAGAGGGAAUGGGGAAUCAUCACCAGCAAUGUAACACACAAAGCAGAAAUGAUGCAAAAAAAAGCAGCAAAUCUGAGGAGACAACCUCUCAAGCAUAUGAAGAACGAAGCCAAAAGCCAUGCAACCAACCUAACAUUUGCCAGCCACCCGAGCUGGACAGACAAGAAGAUAUAGAGAGAUUGCAACUAAACAAACACAGCAGCUUGCAGGCACGUCAGCCUGAACAGCAGGCAGAUGAGAGACGAAAUCAAGAGGGACCUCAGACAGAACAACUAGCAGACGUGAAGAGUCAAAACCAGCCAUGUAAAUCUAAAGCACUGCCAAACUGGUGGAGUACUCAUGAGCCACAUGACCCAGCACCACAAAUGUAUAAUCAAGAAAACGAUUAUCCACAAGACCAAGAGAAAGUGCAAUAUGGAAGGAGCAGCCAUUGGCCACAGGAGUCAGAACAAGAAGCAAAUAGAGGAAGUCACAAUCGGUCACGUAAGCCUGAAUUACCUACAAAUGAGAGAAGCCGCUAUCACUUCUGUGAGCUGCAAAAAACAAGAUCUGAACGUAGCAGCCGUCAGCCACAUGAACCAAAAUGCCUAGAUUUACAGAGAAGUCAUCAAAAACAAAAGGAAGAAGAACAACCAAAUCUAAGGAGUCAAAACUCAUCAUGUGGACCAGAGAGGGAGAGGAAGAACAUUCGCUCUCGCGAGCUGCAGGCUGAGGUCUCCGAGAGCAGCACACGCCAGACACGGGAGAGAGAAGAGCGAGGCCCCCUCACCACGUACGAACGCACUCGUCGGACCACAGAAGAGGCAGCGGAAGCAGACCUGAGGGUUCGCCGUGUCUCCCAGGAUCCCGAGCCACGUGGGGACUCAACUAGGAGGGACCGUUCCCGACAUGGUGAAGUAGUGGAGGACGAGAGGACGAUUUGCCAGGGACAAGAGCUGGAAGAGCCAGAGAGGGAGAGGAGGAACGUUCGCUCUCGCGAGCUGCAGGCUGAGGUCUCCGAGAGCAGCACACGCCAGACACGGGAGAGAGAAGAGCGAGGCCCCCUCACCACGUACGAACGGGCCCGUCGGACCACAGAAGAGGCAGCGGAAGCAGACCUGAGGGUUCGCCGUGUCUCCCAGGAUCCCGAGCCACGUGGGGACUCAACUAGGAGGGACCGUUCCCGACAUGGUGAAGUAGUGGAGGACAGGAGGAGGAUUCGCCAGGGACAAGAGCUGGAAGAGCCAGAGAGGGAGAGGAGGAACGUUCGCUCUCGCGAGCUGCAGGCUGAGGUCUCCGAGAGCAGCACACGCCAGACACGGGAGAGAGAAGAGCGAGGCCCCCUCACCACGUACGAACGCACUCGUUGGACCACAGAAGAGGCAGCGGAAGCAGACCUGAGGGUUCGCCGUGUCUCCCAGGAUCCCGAGCCACGUGGGGACUCAACUAGGAGGGACCGUUCCCGACAUGGUGAAGUAGUGGAGGACGAGAGGACGAUUUGCCAGGGACAAGAGCUGGAAGAGCCAGAGAGGGAGAGGACGAACGUUCGCUCUCGCGAGCUGCAGGCUGAGGUCUCCGAGAGCAGCACACGCCAGACACGGGAGAGAGAAGAGCGAGGCCCCCUCACCACGUACGAACGGGCCCGUCGGACCACAGAAGAGGCAGCGGAAGCAGACCUGAGGGUUCGCCGUGUCUCCCAGGAUCCCGAGCCACGUGGGGACUCAACUAGGAGGGACCGUUCCCGACACGGUGAAGUAGUGGAGGACAGGAGGACGAUUUGCCAGGGACAAGAGCUGGAAGAGCCAGAGAGGGAGAGGACGAACAUUCGCUCUCGCGAGCUGCAGGCUGAGGUCUCCAAGAGCAGCACACGCCAGACACGGGAGAGAGAAGAGCGAGGCCCCCUCACCACGUACGAACGGGCCCGUCGGACCACAGAAGAGGCAGCGGAAGCAGACCUGAGGGUUCGCCGUGUCUCCCAGGAUCCCGAGCCACGUGGGGACUCAACUAGGAGGGACCGUUCCCGACAUGGUGAAGUAUUGGAGGACAGGAGGAGGAUUUGCCAGGGACAAGAGCUGGAAGAGCCAGAGAGGGAGAGGACGAACAUUCGCUCUCGCGAGCUGCAGGCUGAGGUCUCCGAGAGCAGCACACGCCAGACACGGGAGAGAGAAGAGCGAGGCCCCCUCACCACAUACGAACGCACUCGUUGGACCACAGAAGAGGCAGCGGAAGCAGACCUGAGGGUUCGCCGUGUCUCCCAGGAUCCCGAGCCACGUGGGGACUCAACUAGGAGGGACCGUUCCCGACAUGGUGAAGUAGUGGAGGACAGGAGGAGGAUUCGCCAGGGACAAGAGCUGGAAGAGCCAGAGAGGGAGAGGACGAACAUUCGCUCUCGCGAGCUGCAGGCUGAGGUCUCCGAGAGCAGCACACGCCAGACACGGGAGAGAGAAGAGCGAGGCCCCCUCACCACGUACGAACGCACUCGUUGGACCACAGAAGAGGCAGCGGAAGCAGACCUGAGGGUUCGCCGUGUCUCCCAGGAUCCCGAGCCACGUGGGGACUCAACUAGGAGGGACCGUUCCCGACACGGUGAAGUAGUGGAGGACGAGAGGACGAUUUGCCAGGGACAAGAGCUGGAAGAGCCAGAGAGGGAGAGGACGAACGUUCGCUCUCGCGAGCUGCAGGCUGAGGUCUCCGAGAGCAGCACACGCCAGACACGGGAGAGAGAAGAGCGAGGCCCCCUCACCACGUUCGAACGCACUCGUUGGACCACAGAAGAGGCAGCGGAAGCAGACCUGAGGGUUCGCCGUGUCUCCCAGGAUCCCGAGCCACGUGGGGACUCAACUAGGAGGGACCGUUCCCGACACGGUGAAGUAGUGGGGGACGAGAGGAGGAUUUGCCAGGGACAAGAGCUGGAAGAGCCAGAGAGGGAGAGGAGGAACGUUCGCUCUCGCGAGCUGCAGGCUGAGGUCUCCGAGAGCAGCACACGCCAGACACGGGAGAGAGAAGAGCGAGGCCCCCUCACCACGUACGAACGCACUCGUUGGACCACAGAAGAGGCAGCGGAAGCAGACCUGAGGGUUCGCCGUGUCUCCCAGGAUCCCGAGCCACGUGGGGACUCAACUAGGAGGGACCGUUCCCGACAUGGUGAAGUAGUGGAGGAUGAGAGGACGAUUUGCCAGGGACAAGAGCUGGAAGAGCCAGAGAGGGAGAGGAGGAACGUUCGCUCUCGCGAGCUGCAGGCUGAGGUCUCCGAGAGCAGCACACGCCAGACACGGGAGAGAGAAGAGCGAGGCCCCCUCACCACGUACGAACGCACUCGUUGGACCACAGAAGAGGCAGCGGAAGCAGACCUGAGGGUUCGCCGUGUCUCCCAGGAUCCCGAGCCACGUGGGGACUCAACUAGGAGGGACCGUUCCCGACACGGUGAAGUAGUGGAGGACAGGAGGACGAUUUGCCAGGGACAAGAGCUGGAAGAGCCAGAGAGGGAGAGGACGAACAUUCGCUCUCGCGAGCUGCAGGCUGAGGUCUCCAAGAGCAGCACACGCCAGACACGGGAGAGAGAAGAGCGAGGCCCCCUCACCACGUACGAACGGGCCCGUCGGACCACAGAAGAGGCAGCGGAAGCAGACCUGAGGGUUCGCCGUGUCUCCCAGGAUCCCGAGCCACGUGGGGACUCAACUAGGAGGGACCGUUCCCGACACGGUGAAGUAGUGGAGGACAGGAGGACGAUUUGCCAGGGACAAGAGCUGGAAGAGCCAGAGAGGGAGAGGAGGAACAUUCGCUCUCGUGAGCUGCAGGCUGAGGUCUCCGAGAGCAGCACACGCCAGACACGGGAGAGAGAAGAGCGAGGCCCCCUCACCACGUACGAACGCACUCGUUGGACCACAGAAGAGGCAGCGGAAGCAGACCUGAGGGUUCGCCGUGUCUCCCAGGAUCCCGAGCCACGUGGGGACUCAACUAGGAGGGACCGUUCCCGACACGGUGAAGUAGUGGGGGACGAGAGGAGGAUUCGCCAGGGACAAGACCUGGAAGAGCCAGAGAGGGAGAGGAGGAACAUUCGCUCUCGCGAGCUGCAGGCUGAGGUCUCCGAGAGCAGCACACGCCAGACACGGGAGAGAGAAGAGCGAGGCCCCCUCACCACGUUCGAACGCACUCGUUGGACCACAGAAGAGGCAGCGGAAGCAGACCUGAGGGUUCGCCGUGUCUCCCAGGAUCCCGAGCCACGUGGGGACUCAACUAGGAGGGACCGUUCCCGACAUGGUGAAGUAGUGGAGGACGAGAGGACGAUUUGCCAGGGACAAGAGCUGGAAGAGCCAGAGAGGGAGAGGACGAACGUUCGCUCUCGCGAGCUGCAGGCUGAGGUCUCCGAGAGCAGCACACGCCAGACACGGGAGAGAGAAGAGCGAGGCCCCCUCACCACGUACGAACGCACUCGUUGGACCACAGAAGAGGCAGCGGAAGCAGACCUGAGGGUUCGCCGUGUCUCCCAGGAUCCCGAGCCACGUGGGGACUCAACUAGGAGGGACCGUUCCCGACACGGUGAAGUAGUGGAGGACGAGAGGACGAUUUGCCAGGGACAAGAGCUGGAAGAGCCAGAGAGGGAGAGGAGGAACGUUCGCUCUCGCGAGCUGCAGGCUGAGGUCUCCGAGAGCAGCACACGCCAGACACGGGAGAGAGAAGAGCGAGGCCCCCUCACCACGUACGAACGCACUCGUUGGACCACAGAAGAGGCAGCGGAAGCAGACCUGAGGGUUCGCCGUGUCUCCCAGGAUCCCGAGCCACGUGGGGACUCAACUAGGAGGGACCGUUCCCGACAUGGUGAAGUAGUGGAGGACGAGAGGACGAUUUGCCAGGGACAAGAGCUGGAAGAGCCAGAGAGGGAGAGGAGGAACUUUCGCUCUCGCGAGCUGCAGGCUGAGGUCUCCGAGAGCAGCACACGCCAGACACGGGAGAGAGAAGAGCGAGGCCCCCUCACCACGUACGAACGGGCCCGUCGGACCACAGAAGAGGCAGCGGAAGCAGACCUGAGAGUUCGCCGUGUCUCCCAGGAUCCCGAGCCACGUGGGGACUCAACUAGGAGGGACCGUUCCCGACAUGGUGAAGUAGUGGAGGACAGGAGGAGGAUUCGCCAGGGACAAGAGCUGGAAGAGCCAGAGAGGGAGAGGAGGAACGUUCGCUCUCGCGAGCUGCAGGCUGAGGUCUCCGAGAGCAGCACACGCCAGACACGGGAGAGAGAAGAGCGAGGCCCCCUCACCACGUACGAACGCACUCGUUGGACCACAGAAGAGGCAGCGGAAGCAGACCUGAGGGUUCGCCGUGUCUCCCAGGAUCCCGAGCCACGUGGGGACUCAACUAGGAGGGACCGUUCCCGACAUGGUGAAGUAGUGGAGGACAGGAGGACGAUUUGCCAGGGACAAGAGCUGGAAGAGCCAGAGAGGGAGAGGACGAACAUUCGCUCUCGCGAGCUGCAGGCUGAGGUCUCCGAGAGCAGCACACGCCAGACACGGGAGAGAGAAGAGCGAGGCCCCCUCACCACGUACGAACGGGCCCGUCGGACCACAGAAGAGGCAGCGGAAGCAGACCUGAGGGUUCGCCGUGUCUCCCAGGAUCCCGAGCCACGUGGGGACUCAACUAGGAGGGACCGUUCCCGACAUGGUGAAGUAGUGGAGGACGAGAGGACGAUUUGCCAGGGACAAGAGCUGGAAGAGCCAGAGAGGGAGAGGAGGAACGUUCGCUCUCGCGAGCUGCAGGCUGAGGUCUCCGAGAGCAGCACACGCCAGACACGGGAGAGAGAAGAGCGAGGCCCCCUCACCACGUACGAACGCACUCGUUGGACCACAGAAGAGGCAGCGGAAGCAGACCUGAGGGUUCGCCGUGUCUCCCAGGAUCCCGAGCCACGUGGGGACUCAACUAGGAGGGACCGUUCCCGACAUGGUGAAGUAGUGGAGGACAGGAGGAGGAUUCGCCAGGGACAAGAGCUGGAAGAGCCAGAGAGGGAGAGGACGAACAUUCGCUCUCGCGAGCUGCAGGCUGAGGUCUCCAAGAGCAGCACACGCCAGACACGGGAGAGAGAAGAGCGAGGCCCCCUCACCACGUACGAACGCACUCGUUGGACCACAGAAGAGGCAGCGGAAGCAGACCUGAGGGUUCGCCGUGUCUCCCAGGAUCCCGAGCCACGUGGGGACUCAACUAGGAGGGACCGUUCCCGACAUGGUGAAGUAGUGGGGGACGAGAGGAGGAUUCGCCAGGGACAAGAGCUGGAAGAGCCAGAGAGGGAGAGGACGAACAUUCGCUCUCGCGAGCUGCAGGCUGAGGUCUCCGAGAGCAGCACACGCCAGACAUGGGAGAGAGAAGAGCCAGGAGCCAUGAGCACCCAGAGUGAAGUCUAUGAGAGAACUUUCCACACCCUAAGAGAGCCAGAACAAGAGUGUGAUAUUUCCCCGUACCCUCAUUCAGGUGGGUUACAGCAUGAGGGAUGUAAGAGGAACCCCAGUGCGUCCACAGGGCUUCACGACAAAACGAAUUACAUGCCAUUACACGAGCAAGAAACAUCAGUGCAUGAACUUAUCAGGCACCCAUCACGCGAUCGUGAAGGAAGAGGGGAUGAGCGGAGCCUCUACCAAACAGUGGAGUUGCAUACAAAGGACCUCACCCCACCAGGAGAUUCGGAGUCUAUUGCAGAAGUGAGUAGCCGUUAUCUCCCUCAUGAGGUAGAUGUACAGCCAGAUAUGAAGGUCCUCCCUCAGCAUUGCAAGCCUCACACUUUGGCAUACUUGAUCCACGUGAUCCAGAAACUAAACAAUCCCGAAGCAGCCACCUAUGAGAUUGUCCACCACCAUCCCAAUGACCUGGGCCAACCAGUUUAUGUGAUGAAAUGCUAUGUAUCACGCCAGUCUCCAGCAGUCCCACGUGAAAGGAGCAGCCGCCAGGAUCCAGAACCCAGGGAAGACAAGAGAAAACCAGGGGGAACUCAGGAGCAUGAACCCCCGCAGUGUAAAGGCACACGUGUUUUGGAACCAUGUGUGGUCAGGAAUGGUAGCCAGGAGCCAACUGUUUCCAGCCCCCAGAAAAGAAAAGGAGACCUCAAUGAGCCACACGAGUGUGAGCAGCAGGAGAAUAGAAAAAGCUCCUGUCAGCAGGAGAGGGCUGAAAGAGAAGCGAAGGAGUGGGCACGUCAGGAAUCACCAUCAGAUAGCAUUAAGGGUGAACUUCAUCAAGCAUGCAAGACUGAACCCAGAGAGGAUGGGAGGGACAACCGGUGUCCAAGGAUGCCUGACUCCAAAAUGGAACUGCAGCGAAAUGGAUCAACAGCCUCUGGGGAGCAGGUCUCGUGGGAGCCCAAAUCCAGCUGCCGCCCAGCAGGUGAGUCCCCAGCGCCAGGGGAGGAGGGAAGCCAGCCUCAGCUGCAGGAGGGCAAAUCACCCCACGGAGAGGCAAGUCAGCAGGGGAAUGAGCAUGAGGAAGAGGCCAAGAGCCGCCUACCUCCAUCCCAGGCAUCUGAAUGGAACCAGGACCCAGAGGCCCAGGACCAGGCUCCAGAGCUGCAGCUGCAGGAAAGUGGAGGGUACCAGGCACCAGCAUGCAAGUCAGGCCAGCGAGCUGCAGAAGAGACCUGUCCACAACCACCCUCGAGGAAUGAAGCUGGUCGCCGUCAGCAGGAUGCAGAGAGGAACAGUCACCUGCAACAGGAGGAAAACAGCAAGAGGAGCUACCGCCAAGCAGGCAAGUCCAGAGCCCAAGGGGAAGAGGAACUACAUCUUUGCACCAAGCAGAGCCAGGGCCCCCCCAGCCCUCCAGGCUUACAGGAGGCACCAAGUUAUCGUGGUGUGGAUGAGGCCAAGGAAUCUUAA